AGCGUAUUCUUUUCACCAGUUGACACGUGUCUUUGGAGUGGAAAAAAAGUGUUGAGGAUACCAGGCCGGGCCAUUUUCGAAUAAAGACAUUAUCUGCGCGCUCGUUGCUGUCACAAAAAAGGCAGCGAAAAGUAGCGAAAAAAGUUUCUUUCUGUAAAACACGCACAUUUUAUUCUUCUAACCCUAACUCAUACAUGACCGGAUUUGUUUAAAGUGCCCUGAAAAACGAUGCAGACAGCGAUCGUCUGAAGAAAAGUUGCGAUUGUUUUCUGGUUGAGGCCAAGAAAAUCAAAACCUCGCUAGCGAAAGAAAAGUUCUUACGUUAACGAACACUAGAAAAAAUGAACCAGGCACCAUUAACACCACGACCGGUCUUUGGCGAGUCCAUUGCUGCUCCAGCGCCACUUCCUCCAGCUCCUCCUCCACCACCACCGCCUUCACAGCCUGCAGUACCACUUUCAACAACUGCGUUCGCUCUUCGACCUCUCUACGCCAAACCUAUCAUCGCUUCGCAAAAUCUUGAUCUACCAUCUGUGAAACCACACGCCCUCUCUGGAGUACCAUACACAGUUCCUACAGCUCAUCAGUUCCUUCCCCAUAAACCACCUCCUCCGGCGUACUACCAACAACCUGGACAACCACGGCAAAUAAUGAGUCAAAAUGGCGCUCCCCCAAAUCCUUCGGCAUCGCCUCAAAACAUGCGCCCGAUGGCACCCCCCAUGACCAGACCAGGUGGACCAGGAGGACCCAUCAAUAGACCACCUGGCCCACCGAGCUCUCCCGCUCCUGGACAAUAUCCAAACUCACCAGGAGUGAGGCCACAAAUGCCUUCUCCCGGUAUGCAAAGGCCUCCGAUGCCGGCCCAAAAUAUGCGUCCCACCACUCCUCAACAGGUCCGUGCUCCAAACAUGAUGCCCCAAAAUGUAAGGCCACCAUUUUCCCCACAAAAUUCUAUGGCCGGUAUUCAAUCUGUCAGAUCAGCUGCUCCGUCGCCGAUUCGUGCCCCUGGACAACCACCAAUGCAAGCAAACCUCCAACAGAACCGACCAACUCCCAUCCCUCAGCAAGUUAUCAACAAUCGACCACCAUCGAUGCCUUUUCGCUCGUCCACUCAAAACAGUGACCAAUUGGGUUCUGAACGGAACUCUCCGGAAAACCUCAGCCGAAUGCAAUCGGACCUGAGCAUGGGCAAAACCGACAGUCCAAAAAGUAGCUAUUUGUCUACAGAUGACGAUGAAGACGUCGUUAUUGGAAAGACGCAGCUGGCUUCAACGCGAUCCCCGGAGGGUCAAAUUAGCCCCACGACAAAAAUCUCACCUUCUGUUCCAUUUACAAGAUCCGAUAGUCAGAUGUCCAUACCCUCAAGACCACCAUCGGGUAUGGGCUCGUACGGGAAACCGGGUGGAAAUUCUCAACCGUUGCAGUCAAAUGAAAUCGUCUACAAAGAAAAGCACGCAUACAUGCCCGAUAAACCGCUGGACGGUUAUAGCGCAAUGGACAGGGUUUUGUCACCAUCGCCGGAUCAAAACAGGCAGGGACAUGCGGCUAGUCGAGCUCCAUCCUCAGAUAACCUGGUCAAACAUGGCAAGCCACAGGAUUUGGGGCCCAUUCCAGUACAAGGAUUGCGAUCCAAGCCGGCCGGCUCAGCUCUGACUCCUGGAGGCGGAGCCAACGAACGAGUUACCUUUGUUUUACCCAACGAAACAAACGGUCAAAGUCACAACUCGGAACCAAUGCGAAAAACACCCGUUCCGCCGAACUUUCUCGAAAAGCCCGACGCGGGAACACGUGGUCGAAGUCCUUACAAAAAUAGCGCCAUGGAUCGGAAUCGGUCACCUGUUGAUCAUAAAGGCGACAAUGACAGCGGAGUAGAUGAGUCAACACAAGAAAAGGAGCGAAAUGGUCCAGGAUCUCCAGGUUCACCAUUGAAAUCACCAAGCAAAAUACCAUCACUUCGGCGGCCUGACAGUAUCACACCACAAACGCGAUCCAGAAGCACCUCGAAGCAGCGGCUAACGGCCAAAACACCAGAAACUCCAAACGAACCAUUGAUCAAAAAAGUACCAAUGAACAAAAUCCAGGUAGGAGCAACGCCGUCGCCCAAUCUGAAGGUGGUCAAAUCGAAGAUUGGUUCGCUGGAAAAUGCCACACACAAGCCGGGCGGAGGCAACGUGAAGAUCGAGACGAAGAAGAUUGAAAUCAAAGCUGCACCCAGAAUAGAGGCCAAAAACGACGCAUACGUGCCGAAGGGUGGCGACAAGAAGAUCAUCUCCAAUAAACUGCAGUGGAACGCCCGAUCCAAGAUUGGUUCCCUGGAGAAUGCCAAUCACAAGCCUGGCGGCGGUGACAAAAAGAUCGAAACGCUCAAAACUGACUUCAAGGAUCGGGCCCAUUCGAAGGUGGGCUCGAAGGACAAUCUCGGCUACACCCCGGGGGGCGGAGAUAUCAAGCCUGGAAGUGCCGUCAUUGUUGAGCCUAAACGCAGAGUCAUUGUCAAUCAAAAACUGGACAUCAAAGCGGAAAGCAAGGUUGGCUCGCUAGAGAAUGUUAAGCACAAGCCGGGUGGCGGCAACAAGAAGAUCUUCGAUGACAAGGAAUAUCUGCGGCAAAUUGACCAUCCGGUUGCACUCACACCACCGACCCAGCGUUCCAUGCGACGAAUGGCCGCCAGCAUGUCCGGCGUCGAAUUGGCCAGAGAGCUGCAGAACCCACCGCCACCGGAGCCAAUCUCCGGACCCGCCUCGUUGGCCACUUCGCGCCGCCCGUCGACCAUGUUGACCUCAUCGCUUUCACUUCCGGCCGAGUGUAUCGUGCUGUCCCAGGUUGCGGUUCCUCCUGAUCCGGCAGAACCAUCGCCGGAACGGAAACUGCGCCGAGUUGAAUCCACCCGCAGCUUCAUCCGUCGAGAUGGCCGAGCCAUCCACCCGAAGCCCUUUCGUAUCUACUAGGGCGUGGGUGGAUGAAUUGGCCAGUUUCUACAAACACGUUGGGUGCGACUUUCUGGGAUGGCUCGAGAAAGCCAUUGUUGCUGGAUUGGUUUGAAAGUUGGAAAUGGAACUAGCCAGCUGUUGGAUGGAACCAAAGUUUAUACAAAAUGCUUAGUACCGAGGAUUAAAUUACAAAUCAUAUAACGAUAGCCAGGUUUUGCACAUUUCAUUUAAAACUAUGUUAAUGAGAAUAAAACUUCGUGAAAAUUAACAUCCCUCGAUGUUCGGCAUCUAAUACAAAAGUCGACAGUUGAAAAAGAUGUUGAGGAAUGAGUCACUAGCUUUCGAGAAAUCUUGUGAUUUAAAUGAAGAAAAAGUCGCGAUGAAAACGUUAAACACCAGAAUCUUUCAUCACUAAAUAAUAGAGACCAUUGCGUUCGUCAAAAGAGUAACUGUAUCACUAAUUCAAAUGGCUGAAUUUUGUACUGAGCAAAGUGCACCGCUGAUGUAAAUUCUGAAUUAUGAGGAUUUUUAUUUAUAAUUUGAUGGGUUUUCACCGAGGGUCUUCAGAUUAUCUCCAAAUUUCAAAAUUGUUUUAGCUUUUCGUUAAAAUUAGUAUUGUUUGAAAAAAAACUAUAUUUGAAAUUUUUGGAACGGAAAUCAUGAAAUAGCACAUCUCACUAGCUCAUUGAAAUUUUCUAAGAUUACGAAAAAUAAAUAAGAGACUAUUCAAAGUAAGCUAAAAUUGUAAAUGAAUUUUGAAAGUGAUUUAAAAGUACCGUUUGCAUCACCAAGUAUUCUAGUAUAUAUAGUUUUUUUUUAUAUCAUUUUUAGGCUGAUAAACAAUUUUCGGAUAGAAGCCUACCUUUUUUAAGCUUAUUUACGAUUUUCAUAUAUAAGCCUGCUUAAUGUUUUUUAAAAUAGUUUAUGUGAUAAAAUUUCAAUUUGUUUCGAUGUGCUUAUUUAUGAUUUCGGUUGAAAAAUGACAAAGUUAUAUGUAUUGCAAAUAUGGUAGGUAUAAUUUGUUCCACGAAGAAAUCUUAUCUCAAAUAUCUACAACCACAAACCAGACUCUACUCCAAUUAUUAUUCAAACUUCCUUGGAGGUGGAUUUAUCGGUAUAAGAUUAUAUGCCGGACCGGCAUUGACAAGCUUUCUAAAAACUGGCAUUGUUCUCCCUGCACAACCGCAUUGCAUAUGUCUGAAAGAAACCAAAUACAACAUACCCCAUACCCUAUCACAAGACAAAGCAGUAUGGAAACAAUCAAUCGGAAAGGACAUUGUCGAAUGAUGGAGCGAGCGCUGUGUGUUUAUGUAAACCGUCCGGCAAUAGAAAACAGUUUCUAGUCUCACAUUUACAUCCCAUUCCCCUCCCAUUCUCGUUCCUUUCCUAACAAAGACUGAGGAGGAUGAUCUCCAAUUUAAGCUUUUUUUGUCAGAUUUAAGCUUUCAUCUCCAAUGCUCUCAAGGCAAAACAAGCUUAAAUCUGAGGAAAAAAAGCUUAAAAAAGAAAAUCACUAACACUUAGCAAAUAGAUGUUGGUGAAAAGUUUUAUAGAGUAAACGUGUAACGUUGCAUUGGACUGACUGAAGACGGACAAUGCUGUGCGUUUUUUGGUAAUCAGCGGUGGCAGAAGCACUAUGACAAUAGACUGAGUCGAUUUGGGGUCAUUUUUGAAUUUCUCAAACCCUGAGGUCAAAAAGCUUCGUGUUGGUCCAAAAUUCAUCCAUGAUUUUUUGUAGAAUUUUUAAGUAACGUUUACAUGAGUAAAUUUGAACUUUUAGGUUUGUAUGGGAAAAUUGAAUAUUCUGUUCUGAAAAAUCAACAUCGUUCCUGUUUCUUUUGUGGAAUCGAGCCAGCUGACAGUUUUUGUGCCAAUUUAUAAAAAUUCUUAAGGGAAAUUUUCCACUGAACAACUUUGUCGAAGACCGUAACUUUUUAUCUUAUUAGGCAAAAAAGUUAUUAGCUGUUUAACAGAGAUAUGUCUUUUCGCAUUGAUAAACAACAAAUUCAAUUGACAUCACUGCUGGUGCCUCGCGAAGAUAGCAUGAAAAGUAGUCAUGCAAUACCUCGCUAGGCGCCCUGCAGGGAUGUCAAUUGAAUUCUUUGUUUAUCAAUGCGAAAAGACAUACCGUAAACUGGGGGAACUUUGAUCAGCGGGGUAACUUUGAUCAACAUGAAAUUUUUGCAAAUACUCAUCAUUAACGAAGUAUAAAGUUAUAAUAUCUGAAAACUGUUUGAAACGUUUGAAAGCCUAUAAAUUGAGUUACAAAUAAGCUAAAUUUCGUUUUUAUUAGGAGAUUUUUAAUGUUACUUAAAUUGUAGUUUUAAAAUCUUAAAAUAUCUGGUUUUUUAAAGGCUCGCAAACAAACAUCUCUCCUGAUCCAAUUUAAGUAUUUAGGAGCAAAUGGGUUGUUUAAUGUGAAAUUUAAACUUUUUUUCUUGGUUAAGGUUUAGAUUAAGUGUAAUUGUUAGGUCAUUUAAUGAUAAUUUUUGAAUGUUGAAUAAAUGCGAUAAUUUUCCAUGAAAAAGCUCGUAUAGAAAAAAUGGCUAAAAACCCUAUCAAAUAGUUCAAUAUGAAGAAAACAAGAACAUGCGAACAGUGUGAGGACUAAGGGAAUUGCAUGAAGGUAAAAUUUCAUUUGUUUUUGGGGCCAAAAAAUAUUUAAAAAUGUUUAUAAUUUUUGCCCCUAAAUGUAUGUAGCAACAUUGUCCAUCAUUUGAGUAUACCUGUUUUUGAAAGAAAACGUUGAAAAAUUCUAUUGAGUUCAAACAAGAAAAUACUGUUAUCGAUGUUUUAUGUCUGCUGUGCUAAAAGGCAUCGAAACAAUAAAUUUAAAGAUGUUGAGAUACGUAAAAACCAUAGUGAUCAAAGCUACCCCGAAACUCGAAGUCUGGUUUUGUAACAAACAUUUAAUUAUUAUCACCAAUGUCGUUUGAAUUAACUGCAAUCAAUGAUCAUGUUUAAUACUCCCCACCUCAGUAAGUGUUUUAAAGCUUUUAGGUUUUACGAAAAAGCAACCUCUUCCGAAAUAUUCAAAAAUGAAUGAAAAAAGUGAUCAAAGUUCCCCCAGUUUACGGUAUCUCUGUUAAACAGCUAAUAACUUUUUUGCCUAAUAAGAUACGAAGUUACGGUCUUGGACAAAGUUGUUCAGUGGAAAAUUUCCUAUUAAGAAUUUUUUAAAUUGGCACAAAAACUGUCAGCUGACUCGGUUCCACAGAAGAAACAAAAACGAGGUUGAUUUUUCAGUACAAUAUAUUCAAUUUUCCCAUACAAACCUAAAAGUUCAAAUUUACUCAUGUAAACGUUACUUAAAAAUUCUACAAAAAAUCAUAGAUGAGUUUUGGACUAACACGAAGCUUUUUAGACCCCAGGGUUUGAGAAAUUCUAAAAUGGCCCCAAAUCGACUCAGUCUACUAUGACAAUAAACUAUCGUUUGUUAACCGACUCAGAUGGUGCACUGGGUAAGAUAUCGGUCUGGCAAGACGAGAUUAGAUAUGGAAGUGAGUUCGAUUCUUGCUAUUUUUUUGGGAUGAAUUAUCCAAAUCCCAUAAUUUUUUUUUGUUUCACUUGAAUGUUGUGAUCAUGCAUCAUUUUCCUUGAGGCUCAAGUCUUUUUGCCAGUGCUUUUCCAAUCAUAUUUAUCAUCUUUGGUUAAGUACACUUUUCAGCGCAAUUUCGGUACAGCGAUUUGCUAAAUAGACAUUGGAUUUUUGAAACCUCUUCAAUGGAUGUAGAAAAAGAAAAACUUUAAAAGUAUUUAAAAAAUCACGUGUUUUAAGUGGAGAGAAUCUGAAAACCCUCGACGCAAAUUAUCAGAUAAAAUCCCAAAAAUGCCAUUAUUCCAGUUCGCCUUCUUUUUUCAUUAGAACUAAUAUGAGAUUUGAUCCAAGAUUACUACAGUUUGCACGCAAUUUAGUACAAUAGCAUCUAAAUUCGGAAAUCCUAAUCUUCAUGUCACCUAAAUAAUGGAAAUUAUACAAAGAUUGACAACGAAAAACUGGAAUCAAAUCACAUAAUUUUCAGAUUAAUUCAUAUUACAGUUCUAAAGUAAGAACUGGUUAUACACAGUUUUACAGUUGGCUUAGUUGAUCAAUGUUAGGAAGAAAUGUCCUCUGGAUAGACACUAAAGUCACAACAACACAUUUGACCAAAAUACAGAUAUCAGUCCCUUAAAACAUAAAAACUGCAGAUCGGUGAAUCUAGUUGGAACGGUCAUGAGCAACUUUCACUCCGAACAUGAUUAGUAAAAAAAAAUUGCAAGUUUAACUGUUAGCACUCGAACUUUUCGGAAAAUUUAAAUAUUUUUCACUACCGAUUCUCUAAGGAUUUGUGCACCAACGCCAACAAAAAACGAUCGCUCACAAUCUUUUAUAUUAUAUUAAUUUAUCUUCAAUAUGCCAUGGCUUAGUAGUUUGUGUCUAUUGUUUUUGGUCUAAUAUGUUUUGUGAGCCUUGGAGAAUUAGGUUGAAUAAUUCUACUGAAUCAAAGCAAUCGAAAGCUUCCUUUUAAUUCAACCACCAUGGUUGAAUUAAAAGGAAUCUUUCGAUUGCUUUGAUACAGUUUUAUGGGUGUUUGAGUAACGGCUGAUAGAUUAGAUUUUUUUUUCUUUUACAGUGAACAAUACCUAUUAAUUAAUAAAAGCUUACAAAAACUGUAAAAUCUUAACAGCAAUUUUCGUCUUGGAGAAAUUGAAUAAAACACUCAAAAGUAUCAUUUAAAAAAAGCAUUUAUGAAUUAUACGGAAGCACAAAAUUACCGGUACUUGUUAAUGCUACAAAAGGAGACCGAAAAAGGAGUCAAUUCACAUAAUGAAACCUAAAACAAGACCAAAACCUGAUGGAUGACAAAAACUGAUAGAAACAGAAACGGAAAAAAGGAACAAUGAGAGACGAAAAUGAAAAGCUUGAAGGUGAACAAUCGUUUAUAUGAUGGAAACGAGAAUCAGUUUUGUUUGAAGUUUUAAAUUAACAAAAAAACAGAAAAAAGUUUUUCUUCAGCAGAAGCAAGCAAACCAAUGAUAAGACAAUUUUCCACUCAUUCAGGAAAUCUAUGUAAAUGUUGAAAAUCGAAACGGACAGCAGCCUUCGGAAAUUGACCAACUUUACGAAAGUAAAUAAAGUUGCAAUCAAAUCAUGAAGCUAACGAAUAAACGAACCAAACGGUCAACAGCGAAAGGGAAAAAAAAUUAUGGAAUUCUUUCGCACCCAUGAAAGGAUUCAUAUGCACAUGUAGUAAAUAGAACAUGAAGGAAAAAUGACGAGUAAUCGAAAGAUGAAAAAACAAUUCAAAUCUUUGAAACAAAAACAAACAAAGAGAAAAAUCUAAAUUGAAACAAAAAGGCCAAUGGAAAUAAAUCCACACCUACGGAAAGAAAUAACCAUAGUUUUCUGAUUCUUUCAUUCUUUCUGUUUAUAUUUGCAACAUGAAAUUGUAAUUAAAUUUUUGUCAAGCAUGAAUCAAUGCUUUUUCGUAGGAAUUAAUCAAUAUUUUUAAUUCAUCCAACAAAAAGAAAAAAAUGUUUCAUUGGACCGGUCUUAGAUUGAGAUGCAAGGUUGAAAACAAGCUUGCAUACAACUUACUUAACUGUUUUAUGUUUGAUAAUUCAAAGAUGAAUUUAGAAUUUUGAUUUUUUUUUUUCAAAUAAACGAGACACUUUUCUCAUCAGUUUUAUGUACUGUUGAAAACAUUAAUAAAACUGUGAUUUUUCGUUAAGUUCUGAAGCAAAUAUUUUACGUAUUUUUGUUCAAUGUUAUUUUGAAUACCUUUCAAUUCGUAUUAGAAACUCAGAUGAAAUUCCAAAAGAAUUUACAAAAAAUCAAAUUUUGAGAACUUAACAUAAAAUCACAACCUCGAAAUAAACCUACUAACAAAAAGGAUAAAAAUCAGAUUGAAAAAUAUAAGCAGCGUGGAAAAAAUCCUUUGUGACUUACAACCUAACGGAAGACGAAAGGCGGAAAAAACACUCAAAGAUCAUCAAAAAUACUCGGGUUCAAAAGUUUAAACCGGUGUGGAGCGAAUAGUUGAUAUCCAUUUGAUACAUAUUAGCUGUCCCCAAGAGGGAAUAUGUAUCAUAUAGGGAAGGAUGAGGAUAUUUGAUCCCCGGGGAUACUUGAUUCCUUCGCUUUAUCUUGAAACAGGAAAGUGUUAUAAAUAUCAAAUGUUCUUGAAGAAUGUGGUAAAUAGAACGAUAUAACAAGGCUGUUAUCUCAACAGGUUUUAAUAAUUUUAUUUUAAGUUAUUGAAUUUGGUUUUAGAAAUUGAACUAAAUGUGGUUUGAAGAUCUUUUUCUAUCACUUUAAACUGUUUCUCACAUGAACAAAUUAUCAAAAAUAUUUAUUCCAGUAUGUCAAUCGUUAGAGUAGAAUAUGAGCUUCAUAAUGCCGUAUUUUCUAAGCAAUAGUUAGCUCUUAAAAAAAAAGUUUUUCAAAAUGUUUGUUAUGGGUAUAAUUGAUCCCUAGUGUUCAAAAAGAUAUAUUUUUCUUCUGAAUGGAUCGUGAUCGUUGGUUAUUAUUUAAUUACUAAUAUCUGUUCAAAAAUUGAUGUUUAUCCACUAAUUAUCUGUUAAAAUGUUUAAAAAUACUGUAUUUAUCUAAAAACUAGAAAAUUGCGCCUCAAAGUAUGCAUUGACGCUUGGGUAGUAGACAAGCUUUUUGAAUUCUCCUUAUCUGAUACUUACCUGAUCAGAAGAGCAUAUCAAAAUUGUUGCACAAACCCAUCUCAACGAGAUAUAGAUUUGAUAUUAUAAUCUUCAUUUAGGUCGUUUCGAAAAAAAAAUGGUUAUAUCUCUUUUGAUACAAUCAGCUGUUUUUUUCUGCCGGGCAUUUGCUUGCUUCGAAAAUUUUUAUUUGGAAGUUUGAAGAUCUCAUUCCAAUGCACCAGACAUGGUUCUGAGGUAGCGUGCGUGCCUCUCAACUUGCAGGUCGAGGUUCGAAUCUCCUGGCUGGUACCCGAACUUUUCAAUAAUUGUUCAAAUUGGAAACAAUGCAUGGAAGUUUGAGUACUUGUCAGGAGGUAGUCCAACAUUGCAUGCAAGUAAUGCGUGUAAGACAAAAAUUGCACACAAUCGUGUAUGGCAAUACUCAUAUUUUUGCAUUUUUGAUGGUCUAAAUUAGGGAUACCAUACGUACUCUUUUAAGAGUACAUGUACUCUUUUUCGAUCAAGAAAUGGGCGUACUCUGGGGCCGUUCAAAUAUUACGUAACGCAAUUUUCGAUAAUUUUCAACCCUCCCCCUCCCCCCUACGUAACACAUUCUUCUCAGAAUUUUUAUACAAAAUCCACAGACCGUAACAAGCUGUUAUACACCCCCCCCCCCCCCCCCUAAAUGCGUUACGUAAUAUUUGAAUGGUCCCUACUUCUUUUUGUGAAUUUUUACCAAAUGUACUCUUUUUGUGUUGAAAGAAAUUUGAUCAUAAAAAUCAACGUAUUUCUUCCAUUUUAUGAAAUUGUUUCACAUCUUAGGCAAAAACUGCGAAAAGAAUACAGCUUACAACAAGAUAUUUUAACAUCUUGUUUAAAUAUACAUGCACAUUUAGACGUUAUAUACGGUGAGAGCGAUAAGCGCCUUUGAGUAUGCAAACAAUAAUCAUUAUGCACAAAAUUCAGUUGUGGUACAAGAAUAUAUUAAAAGAAAAUUUAUAACUGUCAUGUAAGUGACAUAACCUUCUGGCAGUAUUUGAUUGAAUUGAAAUAUCUCAAUGCCCUCUCAGAUAACACGUAGAAUCCCUCUUAUCCGAGCUCCCGUUGUCUGACCCUCCAUUUUUAUACAAAAUCCAUGAAAAAUGUGUUCUAUCUUCGCGAAUUAUUGUUAAGCUUUUAAAUCAAAGUUUUUUCCAAGGUUAAAGUCUAAACUUGCAAGAAACUUCGAUUAAAUAGAAAAAUAAAGUUUGUUUUAACCAAGCUAUGUGCCUGUAUAAAAUCCAAUACUAUAGCAAAAAUAUAGGGUUUGUUAAUGCAUUUCGUUUAAUCCGAGGUUUCAAUUAUCCGAGGUGGUCUCUCUCACGACUACCACGGGUAAGUGGGGUUCAAAUAUUCAUCCUUUUGCAUACCAUCCGGGCGCAAAGCUCGAUAAAUAUAUGAGUCUUGUGUCAACCUGAUGGCUGCAUUGUUCAACGUUUCUCCCGACAUUUUGGAUAAAAGAUCUCAAUGUACUCUAUUUGGUGUUACGGGAUAUGGUAACCCUAGUCUAAAUCCUACCUGAUUGAGAUAUAAUCUUGAUAUAAUGAUAUCAAGGGGUGAUAUAAUUUAGUUAUGCUUGCAUGGACUUUUUGUUAUAAUUUGAGAUAUCUUGAGACCCUACGAGUACUAAAUUAUAUUUCAUUUUGCUAUUGAAUAUCAUUGAAUAUCAACCUUUUAUCUUCAGAUUUUACUAGGUUUUUCCCUAGGGUCAGGGCACCCUGAAUCAAUUAAGUCUCCUUUAGUGAAGAAUCAAGUAUCCAGUAACUUUAAAACCAUUUCAAUUUUUUUAGUCUUAUGAAACUGCUUCUAGUUCAUCUACGAGUUCAUGUAUCAUUCUUUUGGAGCAUAUAAACUUGAAAUUACUCACUAUCAGAAAAGGCAAACGGCGGCAAGUUGCUAAAUAUUUCCAAAAAGAUAUGAUGAAAAUAAGAAAAGGGGAUCAAGUAUCCCACCCCUCCCCUACAGUUAAAUCCCGCUUAUCCUAGCACCGGUUUUCCGAGUUUCCGCGUUAUCUGAGCUUCUAUGUUAUCCGAGCCAUUAUUGUCAUAUACAAUCCAUGUACAUUUAUGUUGGUUUUCGACGAACUUAUACGUUAAAUUUCACCGUAUUCACCGAGGUUUGCUCCUGGAAGGUAUACAAACCAAAGCGAAAGGAUGAGAUCUCGUGUAAUCCGAGGUUCAACGUAUCCGAGGUGAUCCUGUCUGAUUUUCAGAUUCCGUUCUUUAGGAAUUCUACAGCUAUAUCGAUUGAGAGAUAUUUCACAGAUCACAAAGAAUUUAUACUCACACAUCAAUCUGACAUUCAAUGAAAUUUUAAGAGCGUUCUCGAUAAGUACCUACUCGAAUAGCGCAAGGCAUACUAGUGACUAAAAAUGUAAACUACCCGGUCAUAUGAGUAACGUACGCCAACACAGCAAUGUCAUUGAAAAACUGUUUAUGAACAAUUAAUGGAAAGUUCACCGAAAAAAGAAAAAUACAGGUACAAAGUUUAAAGUACGAAAUUGACGAAAAACUACCCAGUCAAUGAGAAAGUUACUGAACUUGAAAUAAUGCGAACGACACGAGUGUUUCGGACAAGGCAAGUUAGAUACCACUCAAUCUGAUGCCAACUAACUACAGUCGAAGGCAAUGUGAAGAGUGUUACCUCUCUCUGUUUAGAAAACUCCGAUUAAUCGGGCCUGUUACUAGAUGAAAAAAAAACUGAUGAUAAAAAAGGGAAUGGAAUAUAAAACCAAAAAAAAAAACAA